UGUCAGGGCGGCUCAGAUGUCACCUGAGAGACGGUGGGAGUCACCCCGAGGGCUGUUUGCGGUAUUGAGUAGGGUACCAGGUGUAUAGUAUGAUAAGGAAUCAAUAAAGGUGAUUGCUGUUGCUGCAAGAUAUGGUCUCUUAGACUUCUCUCUUCCAACUUUUCCUGCUCUGGCUUCACAGUUUCUACCCUUCCCCAAGAGCAUCAGAAAAUGAACAAGUUCAAGGGACCAGUGACGUUUAAGGAUAUUACUGUGGAAUUCAGCAAAGAGGAGUGGAAAUUACUGACUCCUGCUCAGAGGAGCCUGUACAAAGAUGUGAUGCUGGAGAACUAUAGACUCCUGGUCUCCGUGGGUUACCGUGUGAAUAAGUCAAAUGUGGUCUUCAAGUUGAAGCAAGGAAAAGAGCCAUGGAUAUUAGAAGUAGAAUUUCCACGUCGAAGAUACCCUGAAGAGCUCUGGAAAAUUCAUGAUCUUGGAGUGAAAUAUAAGGAAAACCAAGCUGGAAAUUCAAGGAAUGGAGAACUCUCAAAACAUCAGAAAACUCGUAACCAAGAGGAAUGCCAUGAAUGUAAUGAAUGUGGAAAGACCUUCUGCCAGAAGUCUGCCCUCAUAGUGCAUCAGCAUACACACAAGAACAAGUCCUAUGAAUGUGGUAAAUGUGGGAAAUGUUUCUCUAAAGAUGAAGACCUCACGACACAUCAGAAAGUUCACACCAGAGAGAAAACCUAUGAGUGUAAAGAAUGUAAGAAAAUUUUCUACCACCUGUCAUCUCUCAGUAGACAUCUGAGAAUCCAUGCAGGGGAGAAACCCUAUGAAUGUAAUCAGUGUGAGAAAUCCUUCUACCAGAAGCCACACCUCAUGGAACAUCAGAAAACACACACAGGGGAGAAACCUUUUGAGUGUACUGAAUGUGGGAAGUUCUUCUAUGUGAAGGCAUACCUUAUGGUACAUCAGAAAACACACACAGGGGAGAAACCCUUUCAGUGUAAGGAGUGUGGGAAUUUUUUUUCCCAGAAGUCACACCUCACUGUACAUCAGAGAACACACACAGGAGAGAAGCCCUAUAAAUGUAAGGAAUGUGGGAAACUCUUCUCUAGGAAUUCACAUCUCAAAACCCAUCAGAGAACUCACACAGGAGAGAAGCCCUAUGAAUGUAAGGAAUGUGGUAAAUGCUUCUACCAGAAGUCAGCCCUUACAGUGCAUCAGAGAACUCACACAGGGGAGAAACCCUUUGAAUGUGAUAAAUGUGGGAAGAACUUUUAUUAUAAGUCAGACCUCACUAAACAUCAGAGAAAACACACAGGAGAGAAGCCCUAUGUGUGUACAGAGUGUGGUAAAUCUUUCUCUGUGAACUCAGUCCUCAGGUUACAUCAGAGGACUCACACAGGAGAGAAGCCCUAUGAAUGCAAGGAAUGUGCAAAAUCCUUUUCUCAAAAGUCACAUUUUAUCAUACAUCAGAGAAAACACACAGGUGAGAAACCCUAUGAGUGUCAGGAGUGUGGGGAAACCUUUAUCCAGAAGUCACAACUCUCUGCACAUCAGAAGGCACACAUCCGGAAGGGAAAAACACUAACAAGGGUGAGAAAACGGCAAGCCAGCGCAAGCCCGCCACCACGACCCCACUCCCAGCCACCAACCGCCCCUCCCUCUGCGCAUGCGCACCCGCCUUCCUUGAGCCUGUCCUUCCCCAGUCUCCCGUCCCUCGUGGGACACAAUCCCCGGCCUCCGGGUCCGCGCGGCAAGGAGCAGCGGCACUGUGAGGGAAGGGGCUGGAGCCUGGGAAUGCUAGUUCGGUCUCGUCGAGUGCUCACGCCUCCAACCCAGGCGCCCAGCCGGCUGCGCCGUCGUACAGCCGAGAGUGGGGAAUGCGCGUGCGUGCUGUGUGCGCUGGCUCCACGGGAAGAGAGUGGGGCUGGGAGGCGGGACUGCGGAAAGGGAGCGCGCCCGUUCGUAGCGUUUGUGACGCGGACGCGUUGUGCGCGUGACGAACAAGUGUCAUUCAAGGAUGUGUGUGUGGACUUCACCAAGGAAGAAUGGUGUCUGUUGGACCCUACUCAGAAGAUACUGUAUAGAGAUGUAAUUCUGGAAAAUUACAGCAACCUUACUUCAGUAGGGUAUUGUGUUACUAAGCCAGAUGUGAUCUUCAAGAUAGAACAAGGAGAAGAGCCUUGGAUACUAGAGAAAGGAUUUCCAAGUCAGUGCCACCCAGAAAGGAAAUGGAAAGUCGAUGGCCUAUUAGAGAGCAGCCAGGAAAAUCAAGAUGAACACUUUUGGCAGCUCAUAUUCACCAACAACAAAACAGUAAGUGUAGAAAGUGGUGAUGGAUUUAGGAAAACUGUCAAUCUGGACAUAGCCCCCAUUUCUUCAAGAAAUUUUCCCUUCAAAAUAUGUGACUCAUGUGAAAUGAGCUUGAAAAAUAUUUCAGGUUUAAUUAUUAGUAAAAAAAACUAUUCCAGAAAGAAACAUGAUGACUUUAAUGUAUGUGAGAAAUUACUCCUUGAUAUUAGGCAUGAGAAAAUUCCUAUUGGAGUAAAAUCUUACAAAUACAAUCAAAAAAAGAAUGUUCUCAGUCAUCACCGGGAUCUCACUCAACUGAUUUUUGACCAAUCUUUUGAGUAUAAUAAAAAUGGACAAGACUUCCAUGAGGAAACAGACUUUCUUACAAGUCAGAGCUAUCAGAGAGCAGAGACACUCUGUAAAUACACUGAAUGUGGAAGAACCUUCAUUGACAGCUUAAAGCUGAGUGUAUCUGAGAGAACUCAUUUGGAAAUGGAGCCACAUGAAUGCAGUAUUUGUGGGAAGUUCUUUUAUAUGGAUUUAGAAUUUGGGCAUCAGAGAGCUCUUUCAGAGGACAAUACUUAUGAAUAUAAUGAAUAUGGAGAAAUCUUCUAUGACAAUUCAACUUUCAUUAUACACAAGGGAGCUUGCACAAGAAAGAUUCCCCCAAAAUAUAAAGUGAGUGACAAAACUUGGGAAAAGUCUACCCUCUUUAAACAUCAGAAAGUACACAUGAGAGGUAAACCCUAUGAGUGCCAUGAAAAUGGGAAUAAUUUCGGCAAGAAGCCACAUCUCACCCAGUCUCGGAGAAGUCAUUCAGGAGAAAAAACCUUUGAAUGUGGUGAGUGUGGUAAAACUUUCUGGGAGAAAUCAAACCUCACUCAACAUCAGAGAACACACACAGGAGAGAGGCCCUAUGAAUGUACUGAAUGUGGGAAAGCCUUUUGCCAGAAACCACACCUUACCAACCAUCAGCGAACACAUACAGGAGAAAAACCUUAUGAAUGUAAGCAAUGUGGAAAGACAUUCUGUGUGAAGUCAAACCUCACUGAACACCAGAGAACACACACAGGGGAGAAACCCUAUGAAUGUAAUGCAUGUGGAAAAUCUUUCUGCCAUAGAUCAGCCUUAACUGUCCAUCAGAGAACACACACAGGGGAGAAACCCUUUAUAUGCAACGAAUGUGGAAAGUCCUUUUCUGUGAAGUCAAACCUUAUUGUGCAUCAAAGAACUCACACAGGGGAGAAACCCUAUACAUGUAAUGAAUGUGGCAAAACCUUCUAUGAAAAAUCAGCUCUCACUAAACAUCAGAGAACUCACACAGGGGAGAAACCCUAUGAGUGUAGUGCUUGUGGAAAGACCUUUAGUCAGAGAUCAGCACUCACUAAACAUCAGAGAAUUCACACAAGGGUGAAAGCUCUUUCAACAUCCUGAGAAUGUGUAAGAGCCUUCAUAUACCUGUCAAUUUGUUGUAAAAUUUUUAAAAAUAAGAUUUGAGAAAGUAAAAGAAUGCCACAAAGCACUAGAAACUACCAUCAUAUUUAAAUAUGUGAAUGCUUUCAAGAAAAAUUAAAACUUUUCCUUUGAACAUUUGUACUGAGGAGAAAUUAUUCAUUAAAUAACAUGGUAAAAAAAAUCUUUAGAAUUUAUGUUGCUUAAUGAUAUCUUCAAAAUGUGAUGCCAACAUUGUAUUAUAAAUAUAAUGGCAAUAUUUUAUCUGUACUCACAGAAUCUGAAGCUUAAAAAUGGAAUUUCAGUAACAUUAAGCAUAUAUGUGAAGAACCCCUGAUGUUUGUAGACCUUAUGGGAGUAUGAUAAUAUAACAGAAAUUUGGGGUGGGCAUAAUUUGUAUGUUGGAGCCCAACAUGGUUGUGAGGAGAAAAUAUCCCUUAGUUUAGUAACUAUUAUGGUAUAUAUUAAUAUUUUCCAUACUAAACACCAUAGUGUCAUUAUAGGUUGAUAGGAUUGUAUAUUUGUUUGUAC